GGCCUUCCGACUCAACGUUGGACUUUUGGCACGGAUUACUAUUGUAUAAUACUAUUGGACUCCGUCUUCCUCAUUACGUCUUUGGUGCAGUCGCUUGCAGAGGAACACCUGUCAACCAAGUGAACUUAGUUUGUGGUCGUUGUCCUCACGAGGCAGUUAACAAGUAACAUUCAUUCUAUAGUAACUGUUAGCGUCUGUUUGUUUAAUAUACCUUUUGUAUUGUUAACGGUAUUUUAUUACCUUUGUUUUUACUAACGGACAGACAUCUAGGUUUCUUAAUCAUUAAUUCGUUUUGGUAUAUCAGUGUUAACCUAGAGUAUCAAAAUAUUUUGAGUAAGCUCCUUUUGUUUGGGGACCACCACAAAUUUGGUGAGCCCGUAAAAUUUUUUUUUUCUCUCGCAACUACUUUUGAGUUCACUUACAGACAUUACGGCGUUAUUUUUCCCUUGGUAGUAUUUAAAUUUUCUUAUAUUCGUAAUGUACUCAUCCGAAACUGAAGGCAUUAGCCAGGAUAACAUUUCAGCAGAGCUACAUGCUCUAAAUUUGAUAAAUGUGCCCCCAUUCAGCCGAUUAAAUUCUCGCAUUUGGUUUGCGCAAGUAGAAGUACAAUUUCAGCGUCGCAACAUACGCUCACAGGCAUCUAAAUACUCUUUUGUGCUUGGAUUACUACCCACUGAAGUUGCAUCUGAGGUGUCAGAUUUGAUAGAUAAUAUUCCUGCACCUAAUCCAUAUGAUCAAUUGAAGCAGGCAAUUAUUCAACGUACCUCAUUAUCUGAUGAAAAGAGAUUACAGCAAUUACUACACGAAUGUGAGCUAGGCGACAAAUCACCGUCUCAAUUAUUACGACACAUGAGACAAUUAGCUGGCCCUUAUAAAUUUGAUGACGCCUUCUUCAAGGAAAUUUGGCUACAACGUUUGCCAACAGUAGUUAGGCAAAUUCUUUGCGCCUCUAGCCAACCAUCAGAUUUAGAAAGUCUUGCCAGCAUGGCGGAUAAAAUUUUAGAAGUUACACCUUGUACUACACCUUACGUACAGGCAAUAUUAGAAACUUCGAACGAUAAGCAAACUCCCACCAUAGCAUCGUUAACUGCUGAACUAGGCGAACUACGAGCACAACAUGAACGAACUGUCGCCACUCUUGAAAAUAAACUGGAUGCAUUACAAUUAUUAAUCUCCAACUUCACAUCUACAAGAUCUCGCUCUAGUUCUCGAGGGAGUAAGAAUCGAGAUAACUCAAAAGGAAACAAAAACGACGACAACAUAUGUUGGUACCAUAAAAAAUAUGGCGACAAAGCUAGGAAAUGUGUUACGUCUUGUAAAUUUUUCAAGUCAUUUUCCUCACCAAAACGUGUCAACCAAACCAUGGUAGCGACAAAUGUUUCUGGUCGUGCGCCUACUCGUCUUUUCCACGUUCUUGAUAAAACUUCAGGGUACAAAUUCUUAGUAGAUACUGGAGCUGAAGUUAGUGUCAUCCCAGUUACCUUAGCCAAUAAACCUAUUGCUAAGAGUGGAAAAUAUACCCUAAGGGCAGCUAAUAAAACCGAAAUAAAGACAUUUGGCGAACAAUUUCUAACAUUAGACUUGGGAAUUAGACGUAAUUUAACCUGGGUAUUUAUUAUUGCGGAUGUCCGUCACCCUAUACUAGGUGCAGAUUUUCUCAGUUUCUACAACCUACUAGUUGACGUUAAGAGAAGAAAACUUAUUGAUUCCUGCACGAACCUUCAAAUCCAGGGAAUUCAGUCGGACUACCACAUACAUAGUAUUAAAAUUGACACUCCAGGGAACGACAUAUUCGCCACCAUUCUAUCUAAAUUUCCCAAAAUAACGAAACCAGACUACAGUGAAAACACUGUCAAACAUUCUGUAGUACACCGGAUCAUCACAAAAGGUCAACCAACUUCGGCACGUCCACGCCGAUUACCGCCAGACAAACUGAAUGUUGCAAAAGCUGAGUUUGAUCAUAUGAUGCAGCUAGGUAUAAUACGUCCGUCAAGUAGCCCCUGGGCAUCCCCACUCCACAUGGUGCCCAAGCGAGACCAAGAUUGGCGACCUUGUGGUGAUUAUAGAUCAUUGAACAACCUCACAUUACCGGAUCGCUACCCAAUCCCUCAUUUACAUGAUUUUUCUCUCACUUUACAUGGCAAGCAAAUUUUUUCUAAAAUUGAUCUUGUGCGAGCGUACCACCAGAUUCCAGUAGCAUCCGAGGACAUAGCAAAAACAGCCAUCAUUACUCCAUUUGGUUUGUUUGAAUUCUUAAGAAUGCCUUUUGGAUUAAAGAACGCCGCACAAACAUUUCAACGAUUUAUGGAUGAGGUCACUAAAGGCCUAGAUUUUGUUUUCGUGUAUAUUGAUGAUGUCUUAAUAGCUAGCAGUUCGAUCCAUGAACACGCUGAUCACCUACAUCAAUUAUUCGAAAGAUUUCAGAAAUAUGGCAUAGUGAUUAAUCCAUCCAAAUGUAUUUUCGGAGUUGAGAGUUUAGAGUUUUUAGGUCACUUGAUCGACAAACGUGGAAUUAAACCUUUGGAUACAAAAGGUGAUUCAAAUGUUGUUGCGGAUACUUUGUCACGUUUCAACGUCGAUGCAAUUUCCUUCACCAAAGGAAUCGAUUUAUCAGACAUGGCACGUUUGCAGACAGAUGAUCCCGACCUUGAUGCUUGUAAACAAAGUUCGAGCUUGUCCUUAAAAAGUGUUCCUAUACCGCAUUCUGACUCUACUAUCAUUUGUGAUACUUCUACUGGAACUCACAGACCUUUUGUGCCAAUAGUGUACAGAAAAAGAGUUUUUGAUUGUCUUCACUCACUAUCCCAUCCAGGGAUUCGUGCUACUGUGAAACUGAUUGCUGAAAGAUUUGUUUGGCCAAAGAUGAAUGCAAAUAUAAAAAAAUGGACCAGGACUUGUGUACAGUGUCAGCGCAGUAAAAUACAUAGACAUACGAUUACAACACCGUCAGCAUUUAGUCUACCCGACCAUCGUUUUCAACAUGUUCAUGUUGAUUUAGUUGGUCCUCUUCCUCCAUCUAACGGAUUCACUUACAUUUUUACUGCAGUGGACCGUUUUACUAGAUGGCCAAUUGCAUGCCCAAUAAAAGAUAUCUCCGCGGAAAAUGUUGCUGCUGUAUUCCUCGACAGAUGGAUCGCUAAUUUUGGUGUACCUUCUACAGUUACUUCGGACAGAGGUUCACAGUUCCAAUCUCACCUCUUCAAUGAAUUCACCCGCAUUUUAGGAAUCCAUCACAUCACUACAACAGCAUACCAUCCAGCAGCGAAUGGACUAGUGGAACGAUUCCACAGACAACUAAAAAGCUCAUUGAUGGUACAACCUGAUGUUUCUAGAUGGAGUGAAUCUCUACCUCUUAUUUUACUAAGCAUACGUUCCACAAUUAAAGAAGACCUACAAUGUACUCCUGCACAGCUCGUCUAUGGAACUAAUUUAACCUUACCGGGGCAGCUAGUGACGCAUAAUGGCAAACCCGUAUGUACGGAUCCCACUUCUUUUUGCGAAAGACUUAUGAGCCAUAUGAAUAACAUUAAGCCUGUUGCACCUCGGCCAGUUGUCUUAAAAGAGCAAGUUAGCAAGCAUCUAAAUACGUGUAAAUUUGUAUUUGUUCGUGUUGACUCAGUAAGACGCCCUCUACAACAUCCUUAUGAAGGACCAUAUGAAGUAGUUGAGAGGCAAACAAAAUAUUUCACAAUCAAUAAGAACGGAAAAAAAGAAACAGUUUCAAUCGACCGGAUAAAACCUGCUUUUAUAGAGUCUGAAACACAUGACAACCGAAAGCCGUCUAAAGACAGCAGAGAUCACACAACGCAGCUCCCAGUGUCUCCAAAUAAUUCUUCGCCAACUCCGACGAAAUCAAUAUUUCGUAAAACAGACGGUUCUAAGGUUACAGUUCCCAUAAACUUAAAUCCUAGUUCCGACACUUUACCUUCUACGAAAACAACUCGUUCAGGAAGACAUGUACAUUUUCCUAAACGUUAUGUUGAAUUAAUUACUUAACCUUUAUUCUGUCAUUACCUGUAAUGUGAUUAAAUAUCUAUAUUAGCAGAGUUACUAAUAACAUUAUUUUUGCAAGCAUUUAAAAAAAAAAAUUUUUUGUGUACUACUAAUAUUGAUAAAUUCAUUAUGUUUUUCUCUACAUGUGUAUGCGUUUCAUAUGAUGUUUAAUAUUAAUUGUGCAAAUAUAUCCAAUUUCGUUGGACUCGUUCAGUUUAUCACUAAUUGUUUACACAAUUUAUACAUUUAUUUGCACUUCGGUGAACUCUCAAUUUAAUUACUGUUAUUACUAAUGAUACUAUUAUUAUUAUUAUUGUUAUUAUUAUUAUACACUUCGUUAUUCUUGUUAAACAUUUUAUAUACAUUAAAGUCUCUUUACUACAAGAGAAACAUUUUGUUCUUGAAUAUAUAUACACGUAUGAUUUUUUUAAAAAAAAUAAUAUUUGUUUACCCUUUUCGUUGUGUAAUUUUCUCCUACCUUCAAAGCAUUUAAAGUUUUACGUCGGGCAUACUUCCACCGACGCAUGCCCUAGGGGGGGAGUUAUAUGGUGACAUAUAUUCAGUGAUUUUUGUAACAACAAAAAUAAAAACCACAUUUUUUCUCUAAUUUGUCACACUUUAUUUGUAACCACAUCUUUAUCCAAUAUCUGUUGUUUUGCUGUAUCACUUGUUAAAAAGACGAUAAUAAUUGUUUCGAUGAUUGGUAUACACUUCUACUACCGGGUUGUUUAAAAUAUAGAACACUGUCUACGCCGUUUGUUCUUCUGUUUUAUUGGCCACCGUUUUGAUUGAAGACUAUAAUAGUAUUAUAACAUCCUUAUAGGCCUUCCGACUCAACGUUGGACUUUUGGCACGGAUUACUAUUGUAUAAUACUAUUGGACUCCGUCUUCCUCAUUACGUCUUUGGUGCAGUCGCUUGCAGAGGAACACCUGUCAACCAAGUGAACUUAGUUUGUGGUCGUUGUCCUCACGAGGCAGUUAACAAG